GAGCUUAACAUACAGCCUGUGCCUUGGGACUGGUCAGAAUGGCAUUAUGGACCCAGCUUUCCAGAUCCAAAAACCUUGUACUGGCGGUUACUAUCCCUUUGCUUCUGCUGCCUCUACCAUUGUGGCAUCCUAGCAGUGAAUCCUCCUGUGCUUACGUACUGAUAGUGACUGCAGUGUAUUGGGUGUCGGAGGCCGUGCCACUAGGAGCUGCUGCCUUGGUCCCAGCAUUCCUGUUCCCUCUGUUUGGGCUCCUCAAGUCAAGUGAGGUGGCAGGAGAAUAUGUAAAGAAUACCACCCUACUUCUUAUGGGUGUCAUUUGUCUGGCAGCAUCAGUGGAGAAAUGGAACUUGCACAAAAGAAUUGCCCUACGAAUGGUCAUGCUUUCGGGGGCUAAACCAGGCAUGUUGUUAAUGUGCUUCAUGUCCUGCACCGCUUUACUCUCUAUGUGGCUCUCUAAUACAUCCUCCACUGCCAUGGUCAUGCCCAUUGUGGACGCAGUGCUGAAACAGCUGACAAGCACUGAGGAGGACCACGAUGGGACAGUUGCCAAUGGGUCUUCAGCCUCAGAGGGCACGCAGCAGAAAGGUGAGAAUGAGAAACAAAACCAGCCUUCAAUUGAGCUUAUCUUUAUCAACGAAGAAGCUACCGCAAAGGAUCUGAGCAAAUUAAUCCAAAGCAAGCAGAAUCUUAAUGGUGUACAUAUGAUUGCAAAUCCCAUGAGGGUUGUGAAGCCUUUAGCCAAUGGACAAUCUGUUCCCCAGCAGACUCAGAUUCUGGUUCUCCCAACUAGUGAUCCUCAAGACCUGCAGCACCAGGGAAAAUACAGAUCCAGACAUGACCACAUGAUCUGCAAAUGUCUGUCACUUAGUGUUUCAUAUGCAGCCACCAUUGGUGGUCUUACCACCAUUAUUGGAACCUCCACCAGCCUCAUCUUUCUGGAGCAUUUUAAGAACCGUUAUCCUGAGGCUGAGGUUUUGAAUUUUGGUACUUGGUUUGUGUUCAGUUUUCCUAUUACCGUUAUUACACUGCUGUUUACCUGGGUCUGGAUGCACUGGCUGUUCCUGGGAUGCAACUUCAGCGAGACAUGUUCUCUCAGUAAGAAGAAAAAGACCAAACAGGAGGAAAUGUCUGAGAAAAGAAUUCAGGAUGAAUAUGAGAAAUUGGGUGAAAUGAGCUACCCAGAGAAAGUUACAGUUUUUUUCUUCAUUUUGAUGACAAUCCUGUGGUUUACUCGUGAGCCAGGAUUUGUGCCGGGAUGGGAAUCUUUAUUUGACAAGAAAGGAUACAGGACAGAUGCCACUGUUUCAGUCUUUCUUGGCUUCUUAUUGUUUCUAAUUCCUGCCAAGAGACCAACCUUUAUUUGCAAUGGGAAGAAGGAAUCAGAAAAAGACAGCAAGGGCAGUGACGGAGAAAGUAAUGCAGAUGGACCAAUGCUGACCUGGUCAGAGUUCCAGAAGCACAUGCCUUGGGAGAUUGUCAUUCUUGUUGGAGGGGGAUAUGCUUUGGCUGCUGGGAGUAAGAAGUCUGGGCUCUCCCUCUGGAUUGGACGCCAGAUGGAAUGUCUCAGCAGUCUGCCAUCUUGGGCUGUGACUCUUCUCGCCUGCAUGCUGGUCUCUGCUGUGACAGAAUUUGUUAGUAACCCAGCCACUGUUACAAUUUUCUUGCCUAUACUGUGCAGCUUGUCUGAAACCCUGCACAUCAAUCCGCUGUACACUCUAAUACCUGUUACCAUGUGCAUUUCAUUUGCUGUGAUGCUACCGGUUGGAAACCCGCCGAAUGCAAUUGUAUAUAAUUAUGGGCACUGUCAAAUCAAGGAUAUGGUGAAAGCAGGACUGGGUGUAAAUGUUAUUGGUCUGGGAAUCAUUAUGGUCGCUAUUAACACCUGGGGGAUCAGCCUCUUCCAACUGAAUGAUUUCCCUGAAUGGGCCACGAUUACAAAUGCAACUGAUCAUCUAUGAAUGUGAUGGAAAAAAAUGAAUAUUUAGGGAAUGAACAAUAGGCUGUAAUGUGAUUGCCUUCUAGGGGGAGAACAGCCUUAAACCAAAGGAAUACCACCAUAGGCCUAUUGUAUAUUAGAGCAGGUUUAAAUAUUCCUUCUUCAUAUUUAUUUGUUCAUUUCAAAAAAAGAUAACCUACAGCCUCUGUCAUAUUACUUUGAAUAAUACAUAUUCUGUUGGCAUGCUCCAUCGUAUAAAGGGGCAUUCCAGGCACCAUAACAACUUCACCUAAUGAAGUUGCUAUGGUGCCACAAGGCCCUGGGCCCACUCCCACCUUCAGAGGUUAAACCAUUCUCGAACGGUUUAACCCUAGAGUUUCCUCCAGUCAGACUGAUGCUGAAGGAAACUUUAGGGUUAAACCAAUCGAGAAGAUGAGUGUGUCUGGGGGCCUCCUGGCACUAUCACAACUUCACUUAGAUGAAGCUGUUGUGGUGCCAUAAGCAGUCUAAACUGUCCCUUUAAUUUCUGAUAUCAAUGCAUAACAUAUAAUAUUUUUGACCUGUUCUUUUACCAGUCACCCUGUAAACAUGUAAAGAUUCCUUAAUACCUAUUGGCAGAAUGUAUGCUAGGGCUUGUAUUUAUGAACACCAUAGAAUUGGGAAGCAAGUGAGCAGGUGUGACAAAAUGUCUGUGAGACCAUCUGAUUGGAAUAGCUGAGUUUCACUCUGCUAUUUAUAUAGCAGCAACUUUAGUGGCUGUCAGUGACCACCAGGGAACCCAGUGUACCCCUCCCUGACCACAAGUAAAAGGCAGAGAGGGGGGGAAUAAACUUAAACAAAAACAAAAAACCUGCAAACAAACAGACAAUACAAGCACUUCAGACACAAAGGGCC